AUGGGCAAUAACCUCUGGACUAAAGCAUUAUCAGUUCUUCUCGAGGGCAAAAACCUCUUUACUACAGCAGUAUCAGUUCUCUUCAAGGGCAAUGACCUGUUUACUACAGCAGUAUCAGUUCUCCUCAAAGGCAAUGACCUGUUUACUACAGCAGUAUCAGUUCUCCUCAAGGGCAAUUACCUGUUUACUACAGCAGUAUCAGUUCUCCUUAAAGGCAAUGACCUGUUUACUACAGCAGUAUCAACUGUUCUCGAGGGCAAUAGCCCCUUUACUACAGCAGUAUCAGUUCUUCUCAAAGGCAAAAACCUCUGUACUAAAGCAUUAUCAACUUUCUUCGAGGGCCAUAGCCCCUUUAGUACAGCAGUAACAGUUCUCCUCAAGGGCAAUAACCGGUUUACUACAGCAGUGUCAAUUCUUCUCGAGGGCAAUAACCUUUUUACUACAGCAGUAUCAGGUCUACUUGAAGGCAAUAGCCCCUUUACUACAGCAGUAUCAGUUCUCCUUGAAGGCAAUAGCCUCUUUACUACUGCAUUAUCAAUUCUCCAUCGUGAGCAAUAA